AAUUUUGAGUGUUACUAUACGAAACAGGCUUUGAGCUUGUUCUUGACAAUCACCUUGGUAUACAGCAGACAGCAAAUGUGCUCGUACAUGCAACGCGAAGUCCAAUCUUCGGGUCAGGGACUGAGGCUCCCACGCUAGGGCGUAGACCACAAACCCCCAGCCCAACCCUUGUUCUUAGCCUCUCACUCGCAAAAUCAUUCACUUUUCUUCCUAUCAAGUCACCAUGUCUUCUCACGAAACCAAGGAGAUCCAAUACAUUGCAGCCGCUGUUCGCGUACUCAGAGAAUCGGCACCUGAUCCCACAGCUAACCUCGCCGAUGUCGAAAAGUGGGGAAUGAUGACCGUCGAACUCCUGGAUCGCCUUCGUGCAAGGCGGCAGCACCUCUUGCCGUUGACAAUCGUACAGUCUCUCAUCAGCCUCUUCCAUGAUCGAGUCGAUAAUAGACAAAUUAUCGAAUGGCUUCGGUGGGGUGAGUCUUGGAUGCCGAGAACACUGAUCGCUAGGGUAGCUCCUCCAUCGCCUUCCAUCGAAGACGAGGAAGAUGAGGACGAAGUUCUUCCUGCCCCAAAACAGUCGCUGUUGGAAUUUGCAAAUUUGCCGCAUGCGACAAGUACAGGCAAAAGACGAGCUGCGACACUGGCCAUCAACAGAACGAACGAUCACCACAUCUCCUCUACUUGCAAUAGUAUUGACAAACCACAGGAAUCAAGCCAAUAUUGGGCAGGUGAUGAUGGAGAAGACGAGGUACUAGAGAGCGAGGAAGACGAUCGUGAUCGUGAUGAGGAUUACAUUGAGGACGAGAAAUACGAUGAGGUUGUAGAAAACCUUCCUGAUAUUCAUCUUGCGCCUUCGAUCCUUGCUGUUGGAGACCCUCCUCGUCGUCUGACACGUUCGGCUGCGAAAUUACAACUAUUGCAAGCUACCACUCUCCCUGCUGCGGCUAGUAGAGAAAAGUCUCAUGUGCCAUGUGAGCGCCCUACUAAACGUGCUCGAAUGGAUUCUCCAUAUAAGCGAUCGGUCCGCAAAGGCCAGUCGAUCCGUGCUCUCAUGGAGAGGUACAGGCUUUGUGAACCUCGAAAAGUCCGCUUUAAGUGCAAACCAUGUCGAGUAGCACAACGGACUAAGCCUUGCCUAACGGUGGUACGAGGUGCGACACUGCUGGAUUGCUGUGCACGGUGUGUCAUUGACCACAGCAAAUGCAACUGGAGCCAUGGGGAGCGCACAAAGAAUCUUGGUAGGUCGUCAUUGCAGUCAUAGUUCAUUCACCAAUGUCACCCUUGUCUUACUCUGCAGUAUAUCGCAUGAAUCCUUGUUCGUUCUAUGAGCCACCUGAUACCAAUGCCUCAUCGCAGGGGCC